GGACAGUUACCUUGAAUAGACUAGCUCACUCUCGUACCUCAUGUGAAUGACAUGGUGGAAGCAGAUCUAUUUUUUUUUUAUUUUAUUUUUUUUUUUUGUCCCCUUAGUUCCCUGAAUUAUCCAAAUGCAAGACUAUAUAUUCCUUUCCCUUUCCUAAAUUUUCAUAUUUGCUUCUUCAACACAUCGAUCCUCUUUGUUCAUGUUGGAUUCAUUUUUCAAACGCGACUUUUUGACUCAUAAGCAACUCAAUGCACUACGACUCUACAAAUACAAGGCGAUGGAUCGCUCUUUCAUAUCCAAUUAUAUACUGAAGCAUUAUUGGAAUUGGUGUGUCCAAUUCUUUCCAAUGUCCAUGGCCCCCAACCUGAUCACACUGACAGGAUUGUUCUUUAUGGUCUUCAAUGUCCUUGUCACCAUUCUUUUCGUUCCUGAUCUGAAUGAUACAACGACAGACAAUCAUAGAUGGGUUUAUUUCAGUUAUGCCGCGGGCUUAUGGCUCUAUUCUACCUUUGACAACGUGGAUGGAAAGCAAGCACGACGAACCGGCACAUCCAGUCCCCUGGGUGAAUUGUUCGAUCAUGGCUGUGAUGCUAUCAACUGUUCUUUUGCUGCCAUAUUGGAGGCGUCGGCUUUGGGUUUAGGACAUUCGAAAGCCAGCGUGAUCCUUUAUGGUAUGGCCAUGCUAGGCUUCUACCUGUCAACGGCUGAAGAGUACCAUACAGGCAUUUUAUAUUUGGGGUAUGUGAAUGCACCUACUGAAGGUGUUCUCUUGUCUUGCGUUGUUUUUGUCAUUUCAGGAAUGUAUGGUCCUAGUGUAUGGAAAUUACCACUAAAGGAGUGGGUUAAAAGAAGGAUGGCUUCUGCUCUUCCCCAGAUAGUGGCAGAGAUGCCAUUAUCACAUGUCAUGCUCAGCAUAGUAGGCUUCUUGUUUCUCUUUACACAUGCUCCUGCUUGCCUUUAUGCAAUGUAUAAAGUAUGCAAGAAGAAAGGGGAGCCCUUUUUGAGAACCAUGUUGGUUCAAAAUUUACCCAUUGCCACCUACAUCACGGCUUUCUACUUUUGGAUCAUGUCACCCUACUCUAUCCUAUUAUCCCACCAUCACUAUAUAUUAUUCGCUAUCACAACAGGUAUUGUGUUUGGCAGAAUGGCGACAAAGAUUAUUUUGGCUCAUUUGACCCAAUCAGACUUUCCCAAGUUCACCGUCUUGCUGAUUCCUUUGAUCAUCGGUGCUUUGUUGACAAAUAUACCACUCUUCAUUCCUUCCUUGAGCAAUAGACCCUUAAUAACGCCAAAGUUUGAAUAUCUAUUUUUGUGCGGUUACUUUCUAUUUGCUGUAGUAGCCUAUGUGCAAUGGGCCGUUGUCGUCAUUCAUAGCUUUUGUAAAUUCUUGGGUAUACGAUGCUUGACGAUUCCUUCAUUGAAAAAAGUGGAUUGAAAAACACCUUUUUUUCUUUUCUUUUCUUUUUU